AUGCCCUCGCUAGUCGCAUUCAAUCGGCAAUGGAAUAUUGGUAGCGACGAUUUUGUGUUUCCCGAGAUCACCGAGGCAUUGGUUAGGAUAUCAUGGGUCGCAUUUGGAGUGUCCGUUUUCGUCUUCCACUUCCCACUGGCAUGCUCUACUCACAAUUUGACACUUCAUUUUCUAGCUCUUCUUGUCAUAAAUGUGAUAACUAUACUUUUAGCCAUUUUCACUGCCGUAAUAUCCGCUAGAGGCACUAUAAUGGACUCACAGCCCAGGAGGCUACUACCUCGACUUUUGUACAUAAGACUUCCGAUUUUUAUUAUAGAAGUCGCACUUACAAUACUAGCAACUGUACAUGCGUUUAGAUCUACAAACGGAGGAGAAGGAUGCGAUUUCGCUACAAUCGCUCGAGUGACAAUAGUUUUAGAAUGGUUCCUGAUAGCUACUGCGAUUGUUGGCCUAUUCAUUGUAUUCCAUUUGACUGAAAGUGACGUGGAAGAUGGAACGACUAUAGCGCAGAAGUCGUGGAGUCGAAGGAUGAGAAUAUUCAAAAUCGGCCAAGAUCACUCAAUGCGCGCUGCUCUCGACGAUUUGGCUGUUCUGAUCUCCUCAUUCUUCGUGGAUUCCGAUCUAGUUCCCAGUGACGUCGUUGCUGGUCUUCUACUCGCUUAUCACUCCCCAAAUAACCAAUAUCCACCGGUCAAAGAGAAGGAGCAUGAGAACCGCCCAUCAUGGAUGAAUCUCAAAGACGCCGAGUAUUUCUUGCACCAUGCCACGUGUGUGUACGGCUGGCCAACCUACAUUCUGUACAAUUGCGGACUGAAAUCCAUCUAUCGGCUGUUCCGAAAGCUCCAGUGCUGCGGAAGAAUGCGUUGUGCUCAGGGUCAAUCCAUGGUUGUCGAGGAUAAUUGCUGCUACUGUAACACUGCCGCUGUGAUUUUGGCCAAUGAAAAAAGAAACAUCGAUUUGCAAUUCAUGUCUUUUCGAAAUCGGCUCUACGAAGUCCCUUUCGCAGUUAUUGCCGAUCAUGAUAGGAAGUCAAUUGUAAUUACUAUCCGAGGAUCAUGCUCUUUAAUAGAUCUAGUAACGGAUCUAUCACUAGAAGACGAGCUGAUGACAGUAGACGUGGAUCAGGAUGCCACGUUGAGCCAGGAUGAGAAUAUAGAUAGAAGAGGAGACGUCAGAGUGCAUCGAGGGAUGUUGAGAAGCGCUAGAUACGUGUUUGACACGUUGAACAAGAACAAGAUCCUUAAUGAUCUGUUCAUUAGCAACCCAAAUUAUCAGCUUGUAGUUUGCGGUCACUCACUGGGUGCUGGAGUUGGAUCCCUGCUUACCAUGCUUCUGAAGCAAGAGUAUCCUAGAGUAAUAUGCUACGCGUUCGCACCGCCCGGAUGUGUGAUCAGUGAGUAUGGACAAGACGAAAUGGAGAAGUAUGUGAUGAGUGUGGUGUCCGGAGAUGAUAUUGUGUCACGAAUGAGCUUCCAAUCGUUGCACAGGCUGAGGGAACGGGUGUUCCAAGAGCUGAUGGGAUGUCAGAGAGCCAAGCACGAGAUAUUGAUAAGAGGAGUUUAUCAGUUGUUUUUCAAGUAUCCAUGGCAGGAUGAGAGUUUGUCAGGCGUCCCCCGUCUCCCAGACUCUCCUACUGCUGACCUAGAAUCCGCACUUCUCACUCGCAGAAGCUCGUAUGGAUCCGCAGAAGCAGCUAAUGAUCCAGCCAACGAUCCUUCAUCCCGGAACCCCGAACACAACAAACGCUUGCAGCUCUACGUCCCUGGAUGCACUGUCUAUUUGUCUACGGUGGAUGGAGCUACUAAUGAAACAUGGAUCGAUCCCAAAUGCCUAAGCGAUGUGAAACUAUCAGUAUCGGUUCUUUCCGAUCAUCUACCGGCAGCAGUGCAGAAGUUUUUGGGAAGUGCCCCGGAGUCUUCAGAAGAGAUUGUAGUCGUCACGAGUCAGCCGGUCUGA